GUCAACCUUGAAGCUCCGACUAAAUGUUGACUGCCUGACUGGUAAUUUUCGACGAACAAGAGAACGAGUUAAUAAGUUUGCCUGGCUAGUUUUCCAAUUUGUAAAAGGAUCCAAUUGCCAAGAAAUAUUUGUUUAUCAUGCCAAAAGACGUCGAGGAAAAGAGUAGUUCUAGUAACUCGCUCGUCCAAAGUAUUGAUAAUAAUGAAGAAGAUUUAGACGAAGAAGGAUGCUGUCGAUGUUGUCAUUGUGGAUCCGGCCAAGAGGAUGUUAAAAAUCAGAAUUACUUGAAGAUGAGAGAGCACCUUCAACAACGGUUGAAAGCAAAAAACCUUUCACAUUCAGCGUGUGAUUCAUCAACUGGUUCUAGAAGUAGCUCAUCAAAUUGUAACAUUGAUGGCUAUGCUGAAUUGGAUUGCCUGGUAAAAUACAUUGAAGGACAUAAAGCCCCUCAAAAGAUUGGUCCCCAUAAUCCAAAACGAGCUGCCAAAAAGGCUCGACAAAAGGAAAAAAAGCUAGAGCAAAAGAAGGCAGAAGAAUUGGCCACAAAACAAGCAUUAAAGAAGCCCACACCAACUUCAGUUCCUUCCAAAGUUUCUCAAGAUCGAGUACCAAAUGGAAUGGUGCGAAUCACGCAUAAUCCGCUGACCAAUUCUGCUGUGAUUACUCCUUUGUAUGGACCCCUUGAACCUAAUCCUUCCUACUUGCAGCAGCCACUGGGACUCUCUCAGCCAGUGAAAAUGGCUCCUCCUUCAAACCCAGUGUCCAUUGAUCCUCCCAGACCUAACCCAGUUGUAAUCCCAAAUACUGGUUCCAACUCUGUCCAACAACAGCAGACCUCCGUUUCUGGUUUAGCGAGUAGCCCCUCCACAUCUUCACAGCCGCAGCAAAUGGUUACUAUUCGCCGUGUCAUGCAGCCCAACCUCAGCGAGCCAGUCGUCACUGUCACACUCAAAGGAGAAACACCCGACAAUGACCGAGUCCUUUUUACUUUAAUCAACGGACAAGUUCUUCCUACGGACAAACCCGCGACUUCCAGCUCUUUGGCUGUUAAUUCGACUCUUCCGUCUCCAGGAUCCACCAUGCCUUCUUCUAGAAAUGUUGAGCCAGUUUCCGAUUCGACUCCCACUCAAUCUAGGAAAAAGCAGAAGAAACAGGAAAAGAAAAAACAAAAGAAGCUACUGCUAAAGGCUGCUAAUAAUACUGAGUCAAUCGCUCAGUCUCCCAAAAUCGAUCAAAUGCAAAAUAUUGUAACUCCUCAGUAUCCAAGUCAGCAGCAGGACUUCACUCUGGAUAAUUUUCGGUUACCACCGGGUAUAACUCUUACUCGGGUGCAAGGUUCUCACUCUCCAGUACAUCCUGAGCUUCCGAUGCGGAUGGUAGAUCGAACCAAACGAGAAAACAGCUAUUCUUCAACUAAUACUUCGUCACCUGGACCCAAUCCAAUAAUUGUGACGUCACCUCUUAGCGCUCCUAAAACAAAGGAAUCUUUGGGUUCUCUAGGGGGACUUGCGGCACCAAACGUCAUUGUGGUUGAUACUCGUAAAAUUCAACAGCAGCCAACAAUUCCUCAGCAACAGCCGAGAGUAGUCCAGACCUGUAGCGUAGGUGUGCAGACAGGAGAAGACGACGGAGAUGAAGAGUUAUUCCCUAACGGGGUAGUUUUAAAUAAACAACAAAGAAAGAAACUUCGAAGAAGAGAAAAAUUGCAAGAGGAACAAGCUAUUUUAAACCAGUUGGCCGACCUGCAAUUGGAUCCUUCCUCCAAGAAAGUGAACGACAGUGGCAAAAAAAAUGGAACAGUAUCUACUAAAUUACUCGCCAACCAAGUCAAGUCAGUCCCGUCUCAGGCAGCUGGAAGAGGGAAACCAACCAAUGCUACUAACGUCAAGAGUACAACUAGCAGCGGAACUUGCACGACAGGAGGGAAAUCUAGUUCGAAGAAGAAGAAAAAGUCGCGUCCAUCAGCCAGUGCCCAAGCGAGCGAAGAUAAAUGGGAAGAAAAUGUUUUCGUGCCUAAGUCAGAUUUGGAUUUAGAAGGAGGAGACCUGGAUGAUGACGAAAGGGAGUUGGAAGCCUUUAAGCGUUUCUGCUUUAACACAGUGCCGCCGGAGCGAAAAGAAAAGGUUCGAAUUCACCUCAACGUCAAAGACAUUUUUGGCAAGAAGUCAAAUGGCCUUCAAAUGACUUCCUGCAAGUAACAGUUAAAUGGAAUGAAUAAAGCGAAGGUUGAGGGAAAGGGAAACCAUACGUGUAUUUGUACAAUUGUUUGUUGGAAACAAAGAAUCCUUCGACCAGUGGAUUAAUGGUGAUCAGCAUUAAAGUAGGUUGCCAGCCACGUCGGUAUUACACAAAUGUUUACCCUA